UGUAGACCGCUCGGGGCUCAUUUUGGCGGGAAAAUCCAUGAGCGAGGGAGCGAGACGUUUAUUGGAGAUUCGUAUCUUGUCGAGACGGAACGGAGUGUGAGGAUUCUGCUCUUAUAUUGGAUUAUACAGUGUGAAUUAUUAGACGCACCCAGCACUGAGGGAACGGCUUCACCGAGAGCUUCUGAGGGUUUCCAUCCAUGCUUUUAAGCCUCUUUUCGCCUUGCUCGCCACGGCUGGGACCCCGGUAACAGCACGAUGGACACCGCCGUGUUUCUCCUUCUUUACAUCACUACAUUAGUGGCUACCACAUGGUUCUCAUUCAUAGCUGCAGCAACAGACAUUGGAACGCCCAACGUGCCUACAACAUAUUUACCCGAUGAUUUAUCAUCGGGCAAAGACAUUCAUUAUGACGUCACCACGAUGGCUCCAAAAGACUUUCUUCAAAGUGAAACUUUGCCCGUGCAUGUGCCCAAGACAGACUUACUGAGCGAUACCGUUUCGGAGAACCCUAAAGAGCCUUUAGUUCACACUGUGAUAUUGACACAUACAUCAGGAACGAAUUCUGCAGAAGAACAUAGAACUCUACCUUAUGAAGAGGGCGCCCUUGGGGGCAUAACCGCAUCGAGUGUAGAAAGAACUUUCGAAACGUCGUCGGCAGUCUCUCUUACAGAUUUGAGGAACAGACAUGGCGACGAGUUUCAUACGACGUCGUCUGCGGAGACUGAAGAUGUGACGGUGAUAGAAUAUACGGAGAAACAAUACGUAACGACGGCAUCGAGCGGGCAUACGAUGUCAUCUAGGAAAACUACAUCUACAGGACGACGGAGAACUGGUGCAUCUUCAGCGUCAUCAGAGGAUUCGAAAAAACAACACUUUGAAGAUGGAAACGACCAUGAAAAUGGCGUAAUCCCUGAAGCACCAGUGCAUCGUCAUCGAGACGAAGGACUCAUGACAGAGGCGAACAUCAACCAUGCCGCUCUCUGGAUCACUGUAGCCUUCGUAGCCGUUCUUCUCGUCUAUAUCACGGUUCUGAUCAUCUACAACGCUAAAAAACGAGACUGGCACCAGUCGUUGCCGCCUUACACGAGAUUUGUGGAAGAAACUACGCCGGAAGACCAGGAAGCGAUGGGUACAUUAGACAGAAUGCUCCAAAGGAUUACAGGAAAAAGAACACCGAGGAUGGAUAUUCGUUGUCCUUUUAGCGACACCAUAAGACGAAGAAUACAAAGAGACUAUGCCACCGACCUGUUUGUAAAGACAAUGCUUUGUCAUUGUGGAACAAUGCGAACAAAAAUAUUACCUCACCAAAAUGAUUUCUUUUUUAAAUAUCAGAGGACUGAGAUCAUGGAUUCAAUGGUCUUACAACUCAAUAAUACAACCUUACUUUUGUUUAACAUACCUGUGUUUGAUAAUAGUGGGCCUGGUUGAUCCGUUUAUGUUGUAUUUAUGACUACCAAUACAAGGUCACUUAAUAAUUUCGGCUUAGUUUGUGUAAACCACCUCAGUGUAACAAUACAGUGUUGAAACGCUGGGUUUAAUCCAUUUCCUUCCCUGCUUUACUGUGUGACCCAGAUGUGGAUAACUUUAGAAUGUAGGAAUAUUAUAUUAAUAAUGACUGCUAUGAGAGACAUAGUUGUUUUCAUACGCUCAAGGGGAUGUUACGUGAUCGUGCUUUCGCCCCGAGGCGUGCCGAGUGGUGAUAGCACAAUCAUGUAACCUCCCAGAGAGCCUAUAAAAGCAACUAUUCCUCGAAUAUUAAAGCAGUCAUUAUAACUUUUAUAUACCGAAAAGGGUCAUAGAAAACAUGUACGACUUACCAAUCAUGGUAAUCAAGUUUGUUUACGCUAUCGAGACCUAGUCUUAAUAGGGUGUCUGAUCGCACACCACUCGAGUUUGUGUGCUAAA